AUGGAUUUAUCUUCCUCAUCGUCUUCCUAUUGUGUACCGCCUAUUCUUUCCGACUCAUCAACGGAGAGUACUUUUGAGUUUUUCCAAAGGGUGUUAUACGCAUUUGAAGACACCGGAAGCUCUACCGACACCUGUAGGUACAUCGAUCGAAACCGACUCGAAGCCCAUGAAACACUAAUGCGUGACUAUUUUGUUGAAGACUCAAAGUUCGACGAGCCAUUUUUCCGUUUUCGCAUGAGCCAAAGGUUGUUUUUGAAGAUUGUUAAUGAUAUCGAAGCUAGGUUCGCGUACUUUCAAGAGCGAUACGACGGUCGGGGGAAAAAAUGCUUCACGGUUCUACAGAAAUGCACAUUGAUGAUCAAACAAUUGGCGACGGGUGAAACUCCAGAUUCGUAUGAUGAGUAUUUAUGUAUGGCGGAAAGAACAUCACGCGAGAGCCUCGAGUAUUUUUGUGAUGCGGUCAUUGCUUUAUACAAACUGGAGUUUUUACGUAAGCCAACAUCUCACGACCUUGCUGAUAAGUGA